AUGGCCACAAAGUCACUCAUCGUCGGCGGCACAGGCGGCAUCGGCUACGCUAUCGCCUGUCGCAUCGCCUCAAGCUCACCGUCAUCAACUGUCAUUAUCAGCGGCCGCAAUGAGCCGAAGGACAUCCCUCACUCAAACAUUCAAUUCCGAGCCCUCGACGCAACCUCAAUGCGCUCAAUCAAAAAAUACACCGACGAGUUCAAGACGUCGCAGGAUCGCAUUGGCACUCUUGUCCUCACCCAGGGUGUUCUGACAAGCGCUGGCCGAACGGAAACGCCAGAGGGCAUCGAUCGCAAGAUGGCGCUUCAUUACUACGGACGACAGCUGCUUAUCCGCGAGUUAACGCCGGCUCUUACAGACGACGCCAGGGUGUUGAUUGUGCUAGACAGUGUGCGUGGCGGGCCUGAUAAGCUCAAUUGGGAUGAUCUGGAUCUCAAGUCCACCUUCAGCCUCGGAAGCGCUGCUGCGCAUUCCCUCUCCAUGACCGACGCCAUGAUCCAGAAUUACGCUACAGAGCAGAAGCUCGAGGGAAAGUCACGACAUUUUGUUCACGCGAUGCCUGGCGUGGUCAACACAAAUAUUGCGCAGUCGCUACCUUGGUAUAUGCGUAUUCCUGCAUCGGCUGCAGCCAGUCUCUUGGGUACGUCGCCUGAUACUUGUGCUGAGAACAUGGUCAAAGGACUGGAUGAGGUGGCAAAGGGUGAUAAGAACUAUGGUUUCGUUAAUGAGAAGGGAAAGGUGUUCGAAAAGAAAGCUUGGAAUGAGGAUCAGGUUCAGAAGGUGAAAGAUCACACCUGGAAGAUUCUGGAUGAAGCCUUGAGUAAGGCUUAG